GUACAAAGUACCUACACAAACAAGUAUGGGUUUCACCUCCCACUAUGAGAUCCAUCAACUUGACAUCCGAUCGACACUCACUAGCUGAAACCCUGCCAAUCACUUCCCCCUCGGCUGCCCCAUAUCCCCAGCUGGAGCUGCUAUUUCUAUCAUCCGGCCUCCGCAUGUCUCACUUCAACACCUCCCAUCAUCAUGCCCUCGCCAGCUUGUAGGUGUCCAUAUAAACCCCGGGUUACUCCGGGUCGGAGCUGUCCUCUUCAUGCUCUUCCCAUCAUAGCCAUUCCAACUUCGUCUCCCGCCUCUCUUUCAAUUCCAUCGCCAUCGCCAUCAUGAAAUUCACUUUCGCCGCCAUCACUGCCUUUGCUGCCACCGCACUGGCCCAGAAUGUCCAGAUUGCCUCUCCCAAGGCUGGCCAGACUGUCCAGGCAGGCCAGCAGGUGACGGUCCAGAUUGAGCGUCCGACUCCCCCCACCAACGUCGAGGAAAUGGCCAUCGCCAUCGGCCUGCAGUCCUGCGCCUCUGCCACCUGCUACCCGGCCUCGGAGGUCUUGGGCCACGUCCUGUACAAUGGCGCCUUUGACCCCGAGUACCACGAGUGGUACUUGCCCCAAUACCAGAACUUCACCGUCACUAUUCCCGAGGGGACUGCUUCGGGUAAGGCGGUGCUGGGUGUUGCUCAUGCCUCCCUUAUUGGGGCUUCGUUUGAGCCGUACCUCCAGACCCUCAGCCAGAACAUCACGAUCGCUUAGGUUGGUGGUGUAGAUGUACAAAGGGGGGUGGCUUGAGGGAGCUAUAUCCAAGUGCCUAGGAUAUAUUCUCGCCUAGUUGAUAAGUAUGUGUACAUAGCAAUUCAUGAAUCAAGUCGAGCAACUCUUCAUCCCAAGAACAGUACGCGCAAUCUACACCCGAUGAUAUAGCUCGUCCCGGAUGGUGGUGAUUUAGCGCCAAUCACGCCAUCCCUUGCAUUUCGCUUGCACGACAGAUCGGCAUCGAGCAUCAACAGGAAUCGCAUUGUCCAAUGGAUGAGUUAAAUGAUAGUAUCUCAAGUGGGGUGGUGGUGUCUUUCAAGGAAUACUCAAAUAAAGAGCAGACCUUCGCUGUCCCGCUACAAUGUAAAUAAACCACAAUAAUACUACAACCAUGAAAG